GUACCGUUAAUCACUCCGUGCCGUUGAAUCUUGCGUGCAUGUUCUUGGAUAAAAAGGCCGAUUGAAAAACGACAAGACUUAGAUCGAGUUGGAAUUCGGACCUGGACUUACGACGAGAGUUAACUUGUACUACUCACCGCAAUGACUCUGUAGACGUCAUUUCAAACUCUCCUCGUUUACUAAACUGCAGUCCGCGUUAGAAGUUCAUUUACCUGAGACGCGACACAGCGUUCGACGACAGUGUUGUUCGGCUGUUGAGAAAGCUGCCAAAGAAUUCACAGCCAAAGCUCUCCGAGGAUUCAGCAUUUCGCUGUCAGUCGAGGAUCGCCUGCCAACUCGUAUCAACAGUGGGAUUCAGUGUUGUUGACGAUUUAUAUCAUUUUUCUACGAGCAUUAACAUGCAGAUUGUUUUCGUCCUCGGAUUUAUCGCGGUGGCAAUGACGAACGCGGUCGUUGCGGAGGAAACCCAUCCUGAAUACGUCAAACCUUGUUCGAGGAGCGAUCCUCAAUUGAAAACGUGCCUGAUCGAUGCUCUCCACCAUCUCAGACCCUACUUGAAGGUCGGCAUUCCGGACAUCAAGUUACCUUCGGUCGAACCGUUUCACAUGGACGAGCUGAGCCUCUCACUGACAGGUGGUGCGAACGGUUACAGGGUUCGUCUGCGCGAUUUACUCGUUAGGGGAGCGAGCAACUUCACGGUCGACGAGAUCAAGCUCGGCUCACCCUUUGAAGCGAUCGUACGAAUGCCUGCCCUCGUUCUCGACGCUCAUUACUCCAGUUCCGGAGUUUUGAUAAUAUUGCCAGCAAGCGGAAACGGCACGUUUCACGCAACAUUUGGAAAAGCUCGGGCUUUGGUACGCGGCAUCGUAAGCACUGCAGUUCGUAACGGAAAAACUUAUCUGUACGUCGAGAACUUGGACGUCAAACUGAGUGUCAAAGACGUCAACAUGAGAGUGACUAAAAUAUUCAAUAAUAAUAGGAUACUGACGGAGGCCACGAAUCUUUUCCUUCGUGAGAACGGACAGGAAGUUCUAAAAGCGAUGGAACCGCAGUUGAAGCUCAAAUUAUCAGCCCUCUUCGCCGGUAUCGUCAAUCAACUGUUGCUCAACGUGCCUGUAGAAACAUUCCUUUUGCCAUGAGCUUCGCGAGUUCUAUUCAAAUGUUAUAUUAGGUACUCGCAGCUAUUGCGAUAUAACAGCGUUGUUCGGAGAAUUUUUUCACAGCUUCAACUUAGUGGUGAUCGUAUGGGUAAGGUGAAAAUGUGCUCGAGAAGUAUUUGACGUUGUUCGACUGUAUUUCAAUCGAGCUACUUCGGUCCACAUAUUUCCCUCCAUGACUGGACCAAUAAAAGACUCUCAUUCAAUCCAAACGACGUUGUUGUUGUUGUUUUUCGUUUUUAUGGUCACGUGAGCAGCGAAGUCAAUGAAGAACGACAAUGGCACAGCGCGUUUUUUCCUCGUCGUACGAGGUGAAUGGAACUUUCCACGAUAUUACAAUCCCGACCGAAUACCGACUAGUUUCAGUGAGGAACUUUCUAAAUUUAACUCCAUCGACGAAAACACACUUGCGGGAACACAUUUCGGUGAUGAAUUAAAUCACUCUCUCACUACCCAUCGAUGCUGGCCUUUUCUAUCCUCAUCGAUCAAUCCUGAUCGAUCGACAGUUUAAAACGCACUUUGCUUGAAAACCCGAUGAAUACAAGUGAAACGGAAGCUCAUGUAACGGUGGCAUUUGAAGACAACAAUCAUAGCUUGAGUAUUCGAACAUUCGCUUGCUACGAGAUGGAAAACAUUGUCGUUGAUAACUGUUGCAACUGCGUGCUCCACUAGUGAGGAAGCAAUUUCACUUUGUUAACAGUUUUAUUCUUAUGAUGCGGAAAAAAAUGGACUUUUUUUACUAAUUAGGAAAGAAAUGAAAAUGCAGUCUCAGACGAGAGAAAUAAAAGGGAGCAGAUGAAAUUUCGUUUUCUGGAAAAUAAAAUGGGUUAAACAAUCAACGAAA